AUGGAAAUUAUUAAUAACAAAUUUGAAGAUUUAAAUCAAAACAUUAUUGGGAAUAAAAGAUGUAGAGAUAGUAGCAGUGGUGCCAGCAGUGUUAAUAAUAAUAAUUAUAAUAAUAAUAGUUUUAAUAAUCUAAACUCAUUUAAUAAUAACAAUAGUAAUUUAAGAAAUAAAAAUAACAAAAAUAAAUUAAAGAAUCAACAAUUAAAAAAACCACAAAAAAAUCAACAAAAUAACAUUAAAGUCAAUUCUAUAGAGUUACCAAUAUAUCUUCAAAAAUAUAUAAUAAAACUAUUAAUAAAUGAAAUUAAUAGAAAAGAUAAAAACCAUGACUAUUAUAAAAUGAUUCCAUGUGAAAAAAGAUUCAAAUGUAAAAUUCUAUCUAUUGCAAUGGUGAAUUGGGAUUGGUUUAAAACAGUUUCAAACAAUCUUUAUUGUGCAAACGACAAUUUCAAUUAUAAAACAAAAUCAAACCAAUCAUUUUCGUUGAUGAGCAACUAUCAACUCUACAGCCACCCAUCAACAGAAAUGUCUAAUAAAAACAAUAACAAGUUUUCAUUAAUCAAGGAAGAGAAUAUAAAGGUAUUACGAUUAACUCAGGUGUAUUGCAAAGAAUAUUGUAGAGAAAUUAAUGAAAAAAUAAAGAAAUUUGCAAAUUUAAAAAAAAUCAUUCUUUCUAGUACUUUUACAAGUGCAGAUGAUUGGUAUUUAUUCACAGAGCAUAUAGAUUUGGGCAACUAUAAAAUAGAUAUAAACUGUGACAUUCACGAUAUAUAUGAACAUGACGCUCCUUUUUUAACACCUCCAUGCAAGUUAAAUGUUUCUCUAUUAAACAUUUGGUCCGAUUUUGAUGAAGAGUGCGAACUUGUAGCUUUAGAAUAUAUCAAAUAUUUUAGACCAAAGAAAUUACUUUUAUUCCCAACAAGCAAUAUAAUUCAAUUUUCAAAAGGCUAUGAAUUAUUUAUUAAUAAUCAAUUAAAUAACAAUAGAACUAAUAUAACCUCAACUACCACUACUACAACCACUACAAACAAUAAUGGUAAUGGCAAUAGCAAUAAUAACAAUAUAUUAUCUUUUAAAGAAUUAAAUUACUAUGAACCAAUAACAGUUGAAGAGCUAUAUUAUUUAAUGAAAUCAUCACCAAAUAUUAAAAAUUUAUCAUUCCAAAUAUGUUAUGACACAUUAAUAUAUUAUCUCAGUGAAAAAAGAACAAAACCAUGUGUAUGCAAUACACCAAUAUCAGUUCAUACCGGAGAUGAUUCAACAUUUUAUCAACAUUGGCAAUUUAUCCAUAGUAGUAUUUUAAAUCAUAAGCAUUUAACCUCAUUGUCUAUCACCCAUAGAUGUCCAGAAAGUUAUGAACUUAAUCAAUUCUAUACUGGAAACUAUCAAAACGAAAAAACAUUCCCUAUUCAGUUUAUUGAAAAUUUUGGUUCAAUGAUUUUAUUUAACAAAUCACUAAAAAGUUUAAAACUAAGUGGAAUUCAUGUACCAUCAAUAUUCGAAUAUAUUAUCAAGGGUUCAAUAACUUCAAAUUUAAAUGACUACACUGAUCAACAUCUAUCAGUUUCAAAUAAAACUCAAGGUAAUAAAAGAAUUCUAAAGUUUAAAUCAGAAUUUAUAAACACCUUAAAGAAUGAAAAGGAAUAUAUAGAAUCUAUUGACAAUCUAUUAAAAGAAAAUCCACCAAUUACCAAAUUUUAUUUACAUGAAAUUAAUUAUGUAGGUGACUAUUUAAAAAAGAAUUAUUUAACUUUUAAAUGUAUAUACAAAUCUUUAAAAAAAAAUAUUAAAUAAUAAAUAAAAACCAGCAAACAAAAAACAAACAAACAAACAAAUAAAUAAAAUGAAAGAAAACAAUAAAUAGAAUUUAUUUAUUUGUU